AUGACUGAUAUGAAGGAAACAACGGAUUCAAGAGCACUGAAUUCGAAUAAAGAUCUUGGUGAAAGCCGCAUAACAGAAUGUUUGUCUCCGCAAAGUUCAAGCAACCAAAACCAAGAGACAGAUGACGAUUUUGGCAGCCAAGACUUUGUCAAUCAGAAGACAGAAGAUGAGCUAGAUAAAUUAUUUGCUACUCGAUAUACGAUGGCCAACGAAUUGUAUGCCGAAGUUGCUCGUGGCUUUCCCAAUCAGAUGAUUGUGUAUCCAUGGAACAGAGCAGAAAAACGUCCAUUAAAUUUCUUGUAUGGUUUAAUCGAUGGUCAGCAACGAUUUUGGAAUGAAAAGGCAAGUCGCGAGUCACAGUGGCAGAAUAAUUGGAGAAAUCCAGAUCAUAUUAAUUAUAAAAGACCAAAAAGAAAUCCGAACGCGAAUUUCGAUUUCAAUCACAUCUCAUGUUCCUCAAAAAUGAGUCGUUGA